AUGUGGCUGCUGUUAAUAACAAGUGUAAUAUCUACUCUUGGAGGUGCACAUGGCCUAUUUGGAAAACUGGGUCCUAAAAACCCUGAAGCAACCAUGAAUAUUAGUCAGAUGAUAACUUACUGGGGAUACCCAAGUGAAGAAUAUGAAGUUAUUACUGAAGAUGGCUACAUUCUGGGGGUCUACAGAAUUCCAUAUGGGAAGCAUAAUUCUGAGAAUAUAGGCAAGAGACCCGUUGCGUAUUUGCAGCAUGGUUUGAUUGCAUCAGCCACAAACUGGAUUACAAAUCUGCCUAACAACAGCCUGGCCUUCAUUCUAGCAGAUGCUGGCUAUGAUGUGUGGCUCGGGAACAGCCGAGGAAAUACAUGGUCCAGGAAAAAUAUAUACUAUUCACCAGACUCAGUUGAAUUCUGGGCUUUCAGCUUUGAUGAAAUGGCUAAAUAUGAUCUUCCAGCCACAAUAGAUUUCAUUGUACAGAAAACUGGACAAGAGAAGAUACACUAUGUUGGUCAUUCUCAGGGCACCACUAUUGGUUUUAUUGCCUUUUCUACCAAUCCUGCUCUGGCUAAAAAAAUCAAGACGUUUUAUGCAUUAGCUCCAGUUGCUACCGUGAAGUAUACACAAAGUCCUUUUAAAAAGAUUUCACUUAUUCCUAAAUUUCUUUUCAAGGUUAUAUUUGGUAACAAAAUGUUUAUGCCCCACAACUACUUGGAUCAAUUUCUUGGUACUGAAGUGUGCUCUCGGGAGCUGCUAAAUCGUCUCUGCAGCAACGCUUUAUUUGUCUUCUGUGGAUUUGACCAGAAAAACUUAAAUGUGAGUCGCUUUGAUGUGUAUCUAGGGCAUAAUCCAGCAGGGACAUCUACUCAAGACCUUCUCCACUGGGCACAGCUUUCUAGAUCUGGGAAGUUUCAAGCCUUUGACUGGGGAAGCCCAUUCCAAAACAUGUUACACUACAAUCAGAGAACACCUCCUGACUACAAUGUGUCAGCCAUGACUGUACCAAUUGCAGUGUGGAACGGUGGCAAUGACAUCCUGGCUGAUCCCCAGGAUGUCGCCAUGCUGCUUCCCAAACUCCCUAACCUCCUGUACCAUAAGGAGAUCCUUCCGUACAACCACCUGGACUUCAUCUGGGCGAUGGACGCUCCUCAAGAGGUUUACAAUGAGAUACUUUCCAUGAUGGCGGAAGACUAA